UUUUUCCGUUCUGCUGUAUAAAAGUAAUUGUGUUGACACUGCUACGGACAGUUGGGUUAGAUUGGCUGCUGGAAAACAUCUAUUUGGCAUUAAAUAGAGGCUUAUAAGAAAGGAGAGUGUAAGCAGUUUAUUUCAAUCCAAAAUGUUUAAACUUGCAAUUAUAUCAGCUCUUGUGACAUUCACGAUUAGUCAAGAAUAUCGAAAACCUGUAGCUAUAGUAAGUGAACAGAGAUACUUAUCAGGAGAUGGAAAAUUUGGAGCUGCAUACAGUCAAGAAGAUGGAAUAAAUUUUAAGGAAGAAACAGAUUCCGAUGGAACACGCCAUGGAAGUUACAGCUAUGUAGAUCCAACUGGGCAGCGUCGUACUAUUUCUUAUACUGCUGGAAAGAACGGAUUUCAACCAAUUGGUGAUCAUUUACCAGUUCCACCCCUUGGUUUACUACAAACCGCGCAAGCUGCGGGCCAACCACAGCCACAAUUUCAACCCCGUAAUAACAACUAUCAAGCACCUAGGGGAAGUAAUGACUAUGAUAACGGAAGUUAUGAACACUAUAACAGCGAAAACUUUAGUCAAAGACCAUCAUAUGUACAGCAACCAUCUAACUAUCAAAAUUAUCAACAUCAGCCACAACAAUAUCAACCCCAGCAGUAUCAACCACAUACUCCAAGUCCUCGGCAAUUUCAACCACCAGGAAAGCUUUCACUUAAUCGGACACCAGAUGGUUUCAGUUUUAGUUUUAAGAAGGUUUGAAACAAGGUACGAUUUAAAUUGAAUUAGUUUAAAAAAAAGUUAAAGAAAAUGUUUCCUUCAAUAAUAUAUCAUGUAAUUUUUUUCUUUUAAGUAAUAGUUUUAAAAAAGAAAAAGAAAGUAAUUGCUUCAAUAAUAUACUA